GUUCGCCCGAGAAAAGAGGGGCACGGAUAGAGGAGGAAGGUGAAAAACAGCAGCAGCCCGACCACACAGGGAGGGGAGGAGUACUACAGUCGCCUGCUCCUCCACACAAACAGUUUCUCCAGGCCACCAGAGCGGCUUAUCUGACGAGGGGAAGCUUCAGUUCUCGCCAGCAACCACUCGCACCAUCCGACUGACCGAGCGCUAACUUAGCUUCAGAUUAGCCGGCUAAGCCCACCCAGCGCAGCGCCAUUAUAUGAUCCACUUUCCAGCGACACUGCUAGCGUUACUGCCCUCCAUGUGGGUGAGGGACCUCUGUGUCUCGGAUUAUGGCGAGAAAAACAGUUAGCAGGAAAAGGAAGGCAGGGGAGCUCAAGGAACAACAGCUUGAUUGGUGCCAGUCUGUAUAUAAGCGUGCCCGUAUAUCAUCUUUGUCGCGGCAUGCCCAGCAGUGGUGGCAGGGUCAUCAGUCAGUGGUUUGUGCUAUCCGGGGACGGGAAUUCCGCCCACAGCAGCAGCAUGAAUGGAGGUUCCAGCGCAGCUUGCGUGGCUUUGCAGCCGGCCGCAUUCCUGGAAUCCUCCGAGAGCGAGAGUUCUCCCUGGGCUGCCUCAACAAAGUGUUUGCCUCUCAGUGGCUCAAUCAUCGUCAAGUGGUGUGUGGGACCAAGUGCAAUACGCUGUUCGUGGUGGACGUCUUAACAGGACAGAUUACCCGGAUUCCCAUGCUGAAGGACAGAGAAGGAAGGGGAGGGGGCUCCCUUGGCCCACUUUUUCAUGCUCCGGGCUCAGCUGCUGGACUGGAUGCCCAGCAGGGCUGUGGCAUCCAUGCCAUUGAGCUCAACCCUUCUCGCACCUUGUUGGCCACUGGAGGAGAUAACCCGAACAGCCUGGCUGUUUACCGGCUGCCCACUCUAGACCCUGUCUGUGUGGGUGAUGAUGGACACAAUGACUGGAUCUUCUCCAUUGCGUGGAUCAGUGACACCAUGGCUGUUUCUGGUUCUCGGGAUGGCUCCAUGGGUCUUUGGGAGGUGUCUGAAGAGGUGCUGAACCUGGCUGAGAAACAGCAGGCUGAGGAGGGAGUCCCCUGCUAUGCCCACAUCUCCCAUCGUGCCCUUAAAGACAUCCCUAAAGAGUACACUCAUCCCUACAACUGUAAAGUGCGCGCCCUAGCCUUCAAUAACAGCCAUAAGGAGUUGGGUGCGGUGUCUCUAGAUGGAUAUUUUCAUUUAUGGAAGGCAGAAGACAACUUGUGUAAGGAGCUGUCUACUAAGCUUCCUUACUGCAAGGAGAAUGUGUGCCUGGCAUAUGGACUAGACUGGUCUGUGUAUGCUGUCGGUUCCCAGGCUCAUGUGUCCUUCCUUGAUCCUCGGCAAGCUUCCCAGAACAUCAAGUCUGUGAGCUCCAGGGAGCGUGGCAGUGGGAUCCGCUCUGUCAGCUUCUAUGAACACAUAGUGACAGUGGGCACAGGCCAAGGCUCCCUACUCUUCUAUGACAUCAGAGCCCAGCGUUUCCUUGAUUGUGUGUCCAGUCUUCCCGGCGGGUACCGGAAGUGCACUGCAGAGGGCAUCCUAAAACUCACCACAGGGAGAGGCUGGCUGAACCAUGAUGAGACGUGGAGAAGCUACUUCUCGGAUAUCAGCUCGUUCCCCAACGCCGUCUACACACAUUGCUACGACGAUUCUGGCACCAAACUGUUUGUGGCUGGAGGACCUCUGUGUUCUGGGCUGCAUGGAAAUUACGCCGGUCUCUGGAGCUAGCCUCCUCCAUCCAUCUCCUUCGGCACUUCCGCUUUCUCCAUCAUACAUGUUUCAGUAUACGCACCGGUCAUCAUUGCUCCACUCCAUGUUUGCAGCUCUCUUUCACUCUUUUAUUCAUCCCUCAGUUUGUCUUCUCUGUUUUCAGUGGACUCAGGAGAGUAAAUAUGAUUCUUCACAUUUCUAUAAUGUCUGUGUGUCCUGUUGUCAUAGUAAGGUGUCGUCCGCCUCUUUUUUUCUCUUUUUAUUCAUUUCUUCCUCAGCUCUCCAUUGGUUGUCAUGUCUGUAACAAAGCAGAGCUUUGAAUGGCAGUGAGGUGCUUGGUGUGACAUUGCCUCUAUAAACUCUGGUUACAUAUAAAGGUGUAUUAAAAUAUUUAAUAGCCUUUUCAGGAUAUUCAUUCAUCCAGUUCAUGCUUAUGGUUUCCACCCUUCUGAGUGGUGUGUCUUGAGGAUAACGAGGCUUAGUGGCAAGGCUUGGAGGAAGUCUGUUAUUUCAGUGCAGACUGUUUGCUGACCCUGUGGUUUGUUCCUCUCUCUGGCAUUGGACUGAAGUACAGAGAAGAUGAACAAUCGAAAAGACUGGAUUGGAUGGGGAACUUCACUCUGUUUGAAAAUAGAGAACCACCUUAGCUUUACUGUGCCAUAAUAUGCCAUGAUGGUCACAAAGGGAUCAGGGUCCACAGAACUGCAAGCGGAUGUGUUUGGAGAAAACGUCUGAACGAAACAUGGACAUGAGCUCAGACAGUUGCAGACAUUUUUCAUUUUCUUUAGUUUCCUUUGCUGGUGAGAAGAAAUGAUGACAGUUUCAGAAAGUUAACACCACAGGAACUGAUUCUGCUUCUGUGGUUGACACUGUUGACACUGACCCGUAUUGAAGAACGACUUUAAUUUAAUUGUCCUGCUUUGUGAGUGACAACGUUAGAAAUGCUUUUUUUUUUUUUUUUUUCUUUUUUCUUUUUCAAUGCUGAGUAUAAUUUAUUUUGUCCCCUUAUGUCACUAGCACUCAUGGUGUUCAGGUACAAUCAUUUUGUUAGUGUUGCUUCUGAACUUCUAUCAGGGGAAGAUUAUUCAUCUAUGUUUCCUCUAUUAUUGAGCAGAGGCAGGGCAGUAGUGAGUGAUAUUGUUGCCUUUCCUGAGUCUUUCUGUGAAAGACUGUUGCAGGUUGACGUGUUUUGUUUGAUUUUUGAUUUUUUUUUUUUUUUUCUCGAAAUACAUGAAACCCUCUUGGAAUCAUUGCAAAAAUAGCAGAAAAAGAAUUGCUAGAACAAAGAGAGUAGAUGUGAUAUGACCAUAUAUUAUACAAAUAACCAUCACUUUUAAAGCGUAUUUUAUAUAUAAAUGUGUGUAUAUGUAUUUGGAAUCCUAUAGAGGGAGAACACAUUUUAUGUAAACGUUUCAGGAUGUGUGUGUGUGUGUGUGUGUGUGUGUGGACUUACCGUUAUUAUUUCGGUGGUGCCCUCUUUUUUUUAUUUUUAUUAUUUUUUUUUUAUACACACUACAUGAAUGUUUUUACAAAUUACGGAGUCUGAAAACAUACACUUUCAGAAACAGAAAACAGCAACAAAAACAACCCAAGGAAUUGUUUAAAGAGGAAAAAAAGAAUAAAAGUCUAUUGAUGUAUAUUUCUUCCAUUUU